AGAGCAGAAGGAGCUGCGGAGCGGCGGGAGCCUGGCUGGACCCACGCCCGCGAGCCUGCCUCCUCCGUCCGCACCGGCGGCUUCCUGGGCAGGCUGAGCAGGCAUUUUUAAAAUGAAGAAGUUUAAUUUCCGAAAAGUUUUGGAUGGUUUAACUGCCUCCUCCCCUGGCAGUGGUAGCAGUAACAGUAGUGGUGGGGCUGGAAGUGGUUCCGUGCACCCAGGAGGGACUGCAGGGGUUCUCAGAGAGGAGAUUCAAGAAACACUGACUUCAGAGUAUUUCCAAAUUUGUAAGACAGGUCGACAUGGUUUUCCUUAUCAACCCACAGCAUUGGCCUUUGACCCCGUUCAGAAAAUCUUGGCUAUUGGGACAAGAACAGGUGCUAUACGAAUACUUGGGAGACCUGGAGUUGAUUGUUAUUGCCAACAUGAUAGUGGUGCAGCUGUUCUGCAACUCCAAUUCUUGAUAAAUGAGGGUGCUUUGGUGAGUGCAAGCUCAGAUGAUACACUUCAUUUAUGGAACCUUAGACAAAAAAGGCCAGCUAUUCUUCAUUCUCUUAAAUUUAACCGAGAACGAAUUACUUACUGUCAUCUACCUUUCCAGAGUAAAUGGCUCUAUGUUGGAACAGAAAGAGGAAAUACACAUAUUGUAAAUAUUGAAUCUUUCAUUCUUUCUGGAUAUGUUAUCAUGUGGAACAAGGCAAUUGAACUAUCCACAAAGACUCAUCCAGGCCCAGUUGUACAUUUAAGUGACAGCCCAAGAGAUGAAGGAAAACUGUUAAUAGGUUAUGAAAAUGGUACUGUAGUAUUCUGGGACCUGAAAUCUAAAAGAGCUGAGCUGAGAGUUUAUUAUGAUGAGGCUAUUCAUUCAAUUGAUUGGCAUCAUGAAGGCAAACAGUUCAUGUGCAGCCAUUCAGAUGGCAGCUUGACUUUAUGGAACCUGAAAAAUGCAAGUCGUCCUUUCCAGACCACAAUUCCACAUGGAAAAAGUCCAAGAGAAGGAAGAAAAUCUGAAUCAUGUAAACCAAUUCUCAAAGUAGAAUACAAGACCUGUAGAAAUAGUGAACCUUUCAUCAUAUUUUCUGGAGGACUGUCCUAUGACAAAGCUUGCAGAAAACCAAGUUUAACCAUCAUGCAUGGAAAAGCAAUUACAGUGCUUGAAAUGGAUCAUCCUAUUGUUGAAUUUCUAACUUUGUGUGAAACACCAUAUCCAAAUGAAUUUCAAGAACCUUAUGCUGUUGCAGUACUUUUGGAGAAAGAUCUCAUUGUUGUUGAUCUGACACAAAGCAAUUUUCCAAUCUUUGAAAAUCCAUAUCCCAUGGACAUUCAUGAAUCACCUGUUACAUGCACAGCAUAUUUUGCUGAUUGCCCUCCAGAUUUGAUAUUAGUCCUCUACUCUACAGGAAUCAAGCAGAAAAAACAAGGAUAUAGUACUAAGGAGUGGCCAAUCAGUGGAGGAGCUUGGAACCUUGGAACACAAACAUUUCCAGAAAUUAUUAUUACUGGCCAUGCAGAUGGAUCAGUAAAAUUUUGGGAUGCUUCUGCAAUAACUUUGCAGAUGCUGUACAAGUUAAAAACUUCAAAAGUGUUUGAAAAACAGAAGGCAGGAGAAGGAAAACAAACAUGUGAAAUUGUAGAUGAAGAUCCAUAUGCCAUUCAGAUGAUUUACUGGUGUCCAGAGAGCAGAAUAUUCUGUGUAUCAGGAGUCUCUGCAUAUGUCAUAAUUUAUAAAUUCAGCAAACAUGAAAUUACAACAGAAAUAGUGUCGUUAGAAGUACGCCUUCAGUGUGAUGUGGAAGAUAUUAUUACCCCUGAAGCAGAAACAAGUCCUCCAUUUCCAGAUCUAUCAUCCCAGCUUCCUUCUUCAAGAAGUCUUUCUGGUAGCACUAAUACUGUGGAAAGUGAAGGAACAACAAGAGACAGUAUUCCAUGUCUCAAUGUUAAGACUAGACCAGUCCGGAUGCCCCCAGGCUAUCAAGCAGACCUUGUUAUUCAGCUAGUUUGGGUAGAUGGUGAACCUCCUCAACAGAUUACAAGUCUUACUGUAAAUUCAGCCUAUGGAAUAGUUGCAUUUGGGAACUGCAAUGGGUUGGCUGUGGUGGAUUUUAUACAGAAGACAGUGCUAUUGAGCAUGGGGACAAUUGAGUUAUAUAAAUCAAGUGAUCUAUACCAACGACAACCAAGGUCACCUCGAAAAAACAAGCAGUUCAUUGCAGAAAACUUUUGCAUGCGUGGCCUGUCUAACUUUUAUCCUGAUUUAACGAAACGGAUCCGUACUUCUUACCAGAGUUUAACUGAGCUGAAUGAUGGUCCAAUGCCCCUGGAACUUGAGCGCUGCAAAUCUCCCACUUCAGAUCACGUAAAUGGACACUGUACAAGUCCAACUUCUCAGAGUUGUGGUUCUGGAAAACGUCUUUCUAGUGCUGAUGUUUCAAAAGUAAAUCGUUGGGGUCCUGGAAGACCACCAUUUCGAAAAGCACAGUCAGCUGCUUGCAUGGAAAUUUCAUUACCAGUUACAACAGAAGAAAGUCGUGAAAAUUCCUACAAUCGUUCUAGGAGCUCCAGCAUCUCCAGUAUUGACAAAGAUUCUAAAGAAGCAAUUACAGCACUCUACUUCAUAGAAUCCUUUGCUCGGAAAAGUAACUCUACUAUCUCCCCUUGUUUGUUUGUUGGAACUAGUUUGGGAAUGGUCUUAAUCAUCUCUUUAAAUCUACCUUCAGACGAUGAACAAAGAUUUACAGAACCAGUCAUGGUAUUACCAAGUGGUACAUUCUUCUCCUUGAAAGGAGCUGUACUAACAUUCUCCUGUAUGGAACGAACUGGUGGAUUAAUGCAGCCGCCAUAUGAAAUAUGGAGGGAUCCAAAUAGCACAGAUGAAAAUGAAAAACCUUGGAAAAGGAAACUGGUUAUGAACUGCUCCUCUCCAUCCCAAGAAAUCGGAGAUCAUCAGUAUACAAUAAUCUGUUCAGAAAAACAAGCCAAAGUCUUCUCACUGCCUUCUCAGACUUGCCUUUAUGUUCAUAAUAUUACUGAGACAUCUUUUAUACUGCAAGCAAAUAUCGUGGUCAUGUGCAACAGUGCCUGUUUGGCAUGCUUUUGUGCCAAUGGGCACAUCAUGAUAAUAAGCCUACCUAGCCUUCGCCCAAUGUUGGAUGUGAAUUAUUUGCCAUUAACAGACAUGAGGAUAGCACGGACAUUUUGUUUUACAAAUGAAGGACAGGCAUUAUACCUUGUCUCUCCUACUGAAAUUCAACGAUUAACAUACAGUCAAGAAAUGUGUGACAACCUACAGGAUAUGCUUGGAGAUUUGUUUACUCCCAUAGAGACACCAGAAGCUCAAAAUAGAGGCUUUCUCAAGGGAUUGUUUGGCGGAAGUGGACAAACGUUUGACAGAGAAGAGCUCUUUGGGGAAGCUUCAGCAGGAAAAGCAUCGCGCAGCCUUGCACAGCACAUUCCAGGACCAGGUGGGAUAGAAGGGGUAAAGGGCGCUGCUGGAGGGGUGAUGGGAGAGCUGACCCGUGCUCGGAUUGCACUUGAUGAGAGAGGACAGAGGCUAGGAGAACUUGAAGAGAAAACUGCAGGAAUGAUGACCAGUGCAGAAGCAUUUUCCAAACAUGCACAUGAGCUAAUGUUGAAAUACAAGGAUAAGAAAUGGUACCAAUUUUAAACUUCUAAAGAAAGAAGCCGUGACUACUUUGAGAAAACAUUAUUCAGGGAAAACAAAUUUAUUCCCAGCACUGUUUUUCAACUGCUAAAAGCCAGUUUCUUCUACAUAAUGUUCCAUUACGUUCAUCUGAAGUUAUCAUAAGGGAGACUUAUCAGAGAUAUUAUAAACCCAAAGGCUGGAACCCUGGUUGAAAUCCCAAUGGUUGAAUCUGUCUUUUCCCAAUUGGAAUGGAGCUAUCAUCUUGGCAUUUCAUUUGCUAGGUAUUUACCUUUAGGAACUAUGGGGAUUCCUUCUUAUUUGCAAAAUCUUGUACAAACAAAAGCAUUUAAUGCACAUAGUGAAAAAAAAAAUCUUUGCAUGAUAAAUUAACAUCUUAAGAGGAAAAGAAAAAAAGCAUGUUGUGAUGAAAGAAAAAAAAAGAUUUAUGGUAAACUAUUUUUAUAAAUUGGGCCUCUUCUGACAACUUAGAGUCUGCAUUAGAAGUUCUCCAUGAAUUUCAAGUAUAUUUAUCACCCCCAACUGAAAAAAAAAAAAAGCAAAAACCAGAGUUUUCUUCUCAUCUAUAAAUUUCAUUACACUAAAACAAUUAUGCUGAGUGAUCAACAUUCCUUCUUCCAUGACAUCAGUCCUCAAUCACAAUCAAGCAUUUUCAGUAUAGUACAGAAUUCCUAACACCACUAUUUUAUUUCUAUCAUCUUCCAAAUAGGUUACUAGUUUUAGUCAUAAACCAUGCAAGUUUGGGUCAUCCCAAAGCUUUUAUUCAGCCUAGCUUGUACUCUGCAAAGGAGCUGAUGUUAGUUUUGGGGCACAGUCUAUAGGAAUAAUGAAGUUAGCUUUGAGACCUGAAUUCACAUACUCUGGUUUCAGUUUCUAAAAUGAUAUAUUUGUAAUGCUCCAUUUGUAUCCUUGUCUGCCAACUACACAGUAUAUUACUGUUCAAACCCAGUGGGAUCUUCAACUCAAAGGUGCUCUUGCAGCCUGAUACUCAAAAACCAGACUGGUCAUUCUCUUUAAUAUGAUUCAGUAAAACCUCAGUUGAUAUUUUAAAAAAACCAUCUGACUCAUUACAUAUACUUCUGGUGAAAAGGGCUUUCAUUAGAAAAUUAUUUUGGUUGAAAAAUUAUUUUUAAAAUUCUUUAUAAAAUGCAGUGACAUUUUUGCUAUCUUGGCACAGCCAUCAAUAUUCAACAGAAACACAGAGCUUAGAGAUUGACUAGUUAAGCUAAAUAACAUAAGUUACAGGAUUAUAUCACUAGAUACCAAAUACCUGUUUCCUACUAAAAACUUGAAAAGCAGGAUCAAGAAUAUCUUUAAAUGACCAAAAGGUAUCUAUCAUAAAAAUUUCUAGUGGAAAACAAAAUAAAGACUAUCAUUAUUUAACAUGAUUUUGAAAGUUAAAAUUUAUAGGCAUAUAUGCACAUAACAGGACCCAUCUAAUAACAUGUUCCUUUAAAAAGUAUGUUUUAAAUGACUAGAUUUGGCUUAUAUAAGUAUUAGUUUAUCAUGAUAGUCUUAGAUUUAUUUGUG